AUGAAGAACACUGAUGAAUUGGAAUUGGAAGAUACUGUCAUGAAUGGUGAUCAACAGGAAUUACAUUUUCGAACAAGAAUGAAGGAACAUCCAGCGAAGAAUCGGGCACGAUCGUCCAAUGGAUUUUUUACCACUAAGAUGAAGUUAUUUUGCACGGUUUCGGCACUUCUCUUCAUUAUUGGUGCUGCUACUACUGUAGUUUUGAUGUCUCAUCGUGCAUCAAAAAUGGAUAAAACCAUCACUUUCGAUGAACAAGAUGAAACAAACCAAUCAAAUGACUGGAAUAGCGAUAAUUUAGAUGAAGAAACAUCAGAUGAAUUUAUUGAUGAUGAACAAAUUCCGAAAUUACGAUCAUAUAAUGGAUAUGCAAAAUCUCGAUCAUCACAAAAUCUUGGCCAUACAAAUGUUUAUAUUCGAGAAAAAAAAGGAAAAUCAUCACAAUCCAUUCGUUUUCCUGCAGCUCGCUAUAGUAGACGUGGAAAUCCAUUUAGGGGCUCUCUGAUAAGUUUUAUGCCACGAAUCCCAAUAUUUGCUGAUCGACUCACAAAACAAACAAUUAUUUUUUCUCCUACAGGAGGCGUCUAUAUUUUACCUCCAUUGAUCAAUUUUUAUGGUAAAAUGUUCUCGGUUGCUGAACUAAUUGCAUCUGGUUAUGCAAGUUUAGUCAGUAGUGGUGUUCCACCGCCUAUAAAUGGUCCUAUAUUUCCUUCUUUCUUUCCACAACCUUUAAUUGGUCCAAAUGUUCCAGUAUUUGAUCGACACAGAGGUGGUUUUAAAGGUGGAGUUCGUACUAAAUUUCGUUCUUUCUCCAUGCCCAAAAACUAUGAAAAACAUUCGGAGGUAAAUUAUGAAUCAGAAUCAGAAGAUGAAGAACAAGAAGAGAAAGAAACAGAAGAAGUUUAUGAUAAUGAAAAUAACAACGAUCGAUAUCGUCCAGAUUCAUAUGAAACGCGCAAACGACCAUACAAGAGAAUCAAACCUCCAAGAACAACUACUACGUCAACCAAGACAACUACAAAAUCAUCCAAAAAAACUAAGUUAACUACCACGACUGAACCAACUACAAUGACUGAAACAACUACAAUGUAUGAUCCAAUUGAACAGGAUAAAUCGAUUCUAACAAAAUGUCAAUCAGAUGAGAAACAUCGUAUUUUCGGUCACACUCAUAAUAGAAAAUCACGACAUGAGAAGAAAAAAUAUCUGAUUGGAAGAUUAAAAACACUAACGAAGGCAGAUAAAACACAAGCUCAUACUCGAUUGAAAGGUACUUUUGUCGUUCAAUUUGCGACGGACAGUGCUGACAAAGAUCAUUUCAAGAAAAUUACUGAAGCUUUAACAAAAAAUGAUCAAACGCGUAGUUUAUCAAUUGAAAAGCGACUAGAAUUUGAAACAGAGUUUUUUCGUGGUGUAUCCAUUACUGUCAAUAACGAAGAAUCUCUUCAUGGUCUUGCAGACAUCGAAGAUUUUAUUGAAAUUUAUUCUGUUAGUCGUAUUCGUCGUCCAAAUCUAGCGAACCAUGCAAUAUCAUCAAAUAAAGCCAUCAGUGAUGGCAUUCGAUCCAUCACUCCUCACCGUGCAUCAGGUGUUUCCGAAGUUCAUGAAAAAUUAAAAGAUUAUGGUAAAGGCGUUCGGAUAGGUAUUAUUGACACUGGAAUCGAUUAUAAACAUCCAGCACUGGGAGGUUGUUUUGGAAUAGGAUGUAAAGUUGCAGGUGGUUAUGAUUUGGUUGGAGAUGCUUAUAAUGGUGAAAUUAGCACGGCAGUACCUGAUGAUGAUCCAUAUGAUGAUUGUCCUACCGAUGGUCAUGGUACACAUGUCGCUGGAAUUCUUGCAGCAAAUGCUACGAAUAUUGAUGAAGCAUUUUAUACUCCUAUUGUACCCUUUGUGGGUGUUGCUCCUGAAUCAACAAUCUUAGCAUUAACGAUGUCUAUCGGAAGUAAUUUUCCUUAUCUUACCGAUAUUGGCACAUUAACUGUUGAAUACGUGAUCCAAAUGGGAGUAUAUAUGACAAUUGCGGCUGGUAAUUCAGGAACUAAUGGUCUUCUAACUAGUGGUGAUCCAGCGAUUGCAUCACAUGCGAUAUCUGUUGCUUCAGUUGAUAAUGUUAAUACAAUUAGCUUCAAAAUGAUUGCACCUAAUGGAAAAAUAAUUUAUUAUCGAACUCAACCUCCUUUUGCUAAUGAACAAUCAAAAUUUGAGUCUAAAAUUGUCGUAAAUGAUCCUAGUCGAGGAGUUAAUGAUGGAUGUAAUGGACUAAAAGUAUCAGUCAUUGAUGCUGUCGUCUUAUUUGCUUACAGUCUUGACGACACAUGUUCCAUCUAUGAUCGAUGUAACAAUGCAGCAUUGUAUGGAGCACGUGGCUGUCUUACAGAUAGAUCUUUGUAUUUCCCAGGUCUGACGACUAUUCCAACUGGAAGUAUUACCACCGAAGAUAGUUUGUUCAUUAUUGCAACGGUAGCUAAGGAUCCUACUGGUAUAUUUAAAUUUACUGAUUCAGCCAAAAUUACUCCAGUGCCAACAGCCUUAACACCUUCUUUUUUUACCUCGAACGGAUUGCGAUACGAUCUGGAAUUCAAACCAGAUAUUAGUGCUGUUGGUGGAUUUGUUUACUCGACUUUAUCUACUGCCGCAUCAGAAAAUUUAAAGUUAACUAGUGCAUAUGUUACUUAUUCUGGUACAAGUAUGUCAACACCUUAUAUGGCUGGGGUUUUGGCACUUUUUCUAUCUCAUAUUGGUAAUCCGGCUCCAUCAACUGUUAAUGGUACUUCACCUGAUGGAAAAUGUCGUCCUAAAGCUAAUUUUGUUCGAGAUCUAUUUCAAUCGACGACCACAAUUGUAAAAGAAUACAAUUCUUCUCUUUUCGCUUCUACUCUUCGACAAGGCGCUGGAUUAGUUGAUGCUAUUGACGGUAUUACUGCUACAGCUAUGUUUUCUCCAAGUAAACUUGGACUUAAUGAUACUGUAAGACAACACAAAUCAUACACUGUUCAUUUGCUCAAUAUUGGUGAUAAAUUAGCUCGAUAUAGACUAAGUCAUCGAGGAGCUGCAAUGGCCACUGGAAAACAACCAAACAAUGACCUGUUGUUAGCAGCACCAUUGUAUUCUCCAGACUAUGCUGAUGUUGAUAUUGAACCACGUGAAUGUGAAAUUCGACCAGGAAAAUCACAAAGAAUAACUCUUCGAUUUACAGCACCUAAGAAUGCAGAUCCAUCUCUUCUUCCAUUUUAUUCAGGUUUUAUUUAUGCUAAAAAUCAAGAUAAUGGAGAAAUUGUUCAUAUGUCAUAUGCUGGUGUUGUCGGUGAUUUCAAACAAGCACGAAAACUUGUCCGACAAACGCCAUCGGGUAUUAUAACAGGCAUUCAAGAUGCACACGGAAAAUAUGUCACUGAUGGAGAAAUACCAACUUUGAAUGUCACAGAAGGAGCAACAAUCGUAUUAGUGCUUGCAUAUGCAACGUCGAUUGCGUAUAUAGAAGCUAUUGCACCCGUAGAUAAUAUUCUACCGGGUUAUGAUAUCAAUUAUGGUCUAUUGUUCAAUAAUUCUGUUGGUCCGUUUUACGGUACUGAUUGGCCUCGAAAUGCCGAUGUCAAAAUAGAAACUGAUUAUUUGAAAUCAUAUCCGUAUCUCUGGAAGGGUCAAAUUGCACAAAUAUUCUUUUCUGGUAAUACUUCAAUUAUCUUCAACCAAAAACUUCCUCCUGGCCAAUAUAGAGUUCGAUAUUCGGCUCUUAAGAAUUUUGGAAAUUACAAUAAUUCUGAUGAUUUUGACGUUUAUAUUACACCAGUAUUUAAUUUGGUUUAUUAA